UUGUAUACAAACUAACCAACGUAAUCUUAUAAGCAAAUUUAAUACCGGGAGACUUAAAUUUGUAUCGAUAUAUUAUUGACAGCACAUCAUCUGUGACUUAAAUGCAAUCAAUAAUCUAAAUCGUUUAACACUCUGAAUAGAAACAGAUCAUAUUAAUAAUGUUAUACGUUUUUGUGUAAGCGUCAAUGUUUGUUGACUUGAGAGUUGGUGGACUAGGUUAUCAUGUCAGUCUAAAUAAUAUUAAUCAUCUAUCCGCAGUGCUACACUAUUAUUUGUGAAGUUAGUUUGAUAUUUGAUUCUGACGUUUAAUAAAGAGGAAUGGUUUCUACCCGCGGACCAAAAUUUAAAUUUUGUGACGGUGAAAAAGUUCUUUGUUAUGAACCUGAUCCUACAAAAGCAAAAGUACUGUAUGACUCAAAGGUACUUGAUGUAAUAGUUAAUAAAGAUCAAAGAGGAAGAAAAGCUGUUGAAUAUUUAAUACAUUUCCAGGGGUGGAAUUCUUCAUGGGAUCGUUGUGUAACGGAGGAGUAUGUAUUAAAAGAUACAGAAGAAAAUCGUCAACUUCAACGAGACUUAGCCCAGAAAGCACAAUUACAGUUGGGUGCUUAUUUAUAUCGACGAGAGCGUAAAAAAAGAAGUCACAAGCUAUCUGAUCGGUUAAAUGAAUCUGAAAAUCAAGAGCCACGAAGGAGAGCAAGAAGUGGUGGGAGUCGAGCAACAUCAGCAACAACUGGAUCAUCAGAAGAUGGUAGCUCAGGACAACAUGCAGAUUAUGACACAGAAGAAGUUAUUACUGAAGAGGACACAGAAAGUAGUUCUGACUAUGUUGGAGAAACAAGUGACGAUGAAGAUAGUGGUGGUGGUAGCCAAUCUGGAGCCAGUGUAAAACCAGGAAUUGAUCUGGACAUAGGUACCAUGUUAAGAAGAAUUUUAGAUCAAGACUAUGAUCUCAUAACUAACAAAAAUAAGUUAGCAGUUUUACCAGCACAACCUACUGUUGUAAAUAUGUUGGAAUCAUGGGUGCAGCACUUUACAACAACACAACUAACAAACAUUCCAGAAAAGCCUCAAAGAAACAAAACAAAUAAUACGAUAGAAAAAACAAUCAACGAAAUAAACAUAUGCAGAGAAGUUGCGGAUGGAUUACGUAUAUAUUUUGAUUUCACAUUACAUGAUCUUUUGCUGUAUAGGCAGGAACGAGAACAGUAUUGUAAUUUGAAAUCAUCUUUCUUGUAUAGUGAACAUCCAACGCUCAUAAAAGAAGAACCAAUAGAGAAUUCUGAAGUAUUAGUAAAAGAAGAAUAUGAAGAUACUACGGAAUAUGCUCAUUUACCACCGUUUCAAGAACAUGAUCCGGAAAUUGACAAUGCAUCAAAGACCAUAGCAGGUUCUAAAAGAAAACUUAGAUCAUGUAGAGUGAGCUCUAUCGAUGAAAAUAGACAACUGAGAUCGUAUGAAGAAAUCAAACCAGACACAGGAACUUUAUCAAGUAUUGCAAGUACAAGCUCUCGUUGUUCUAGCCCACGCGGUGUAACCCUAAGAAUACCAGUUGUUACAUCUGCACAAGUCAAUGCCUUGCUCCAACAAGCUAAUAAAUGGAGAUUAAUGCCUGAAUCGUCAAAGACUGAAGGUCCCCCCAAUCCUUCUACUUAUUACGGUGCUAUUCAUUUAACUCGACUAUUCGUUAAAUUACCAGACCUACUACAAUCGGCGGACAUACCGAAUAAAAAAUUAAAAGUUCUCUUAAAGUUUUUAGACAUGUUUCUCAGUUACCUGGAAAUGCACAGAGAGUGGUUUGGAGAGCAAUUUUACAUGCAAACGGAAAAUCAAUUGGUUCCUCAAACCAGUAAUUCUUAACAUAGUAAUAGUAAUACACAAACUUCCCCUGUAUUCAACUACAGAUAUGAUUGUGUAUACAUUAUGUGAGUACUAAUUGUAAGUGUGAUGUACAGCAAGAAUGUAUGUGAAAUCAGUGUAAACGAUAAACGCAUUUUUAUAUUAA